AUGAUAAAAGCACGAAUUGCAGCAGUCAUUGUUUCUGCUCAAAGGGCUUCCAAGGAAACCCCUAUCUUCUUGAUGGAUGUCAAGAGACUGAAGUUCCCCUUUUGGUUUAUGAAUUCAUACUCAAUGGAACACUUUUUGAGUUUAUUCAUCACCAAAAUAAGGAGUUUUACAUGGGAAAUGCGCUUACGAAUUGCCAUCCAAGUUGCAGGAGCUCUUUCAUACUUACACUCAGCAGCUUCAUCUCCCAUUUUCCAUGGAGACAUCAAGUCUUCUAACGUCCUCUUGGAUGAAAAAGAUACAGCCAAAGUAGCAAACUUUGGGACUUCAAGAUCUAUGUCCAUUGACAAAACACAUGUUACCACCAAAGUACAAGGAACAUUUGGUUAUUUGGACCCUGAAUUCUUCCAAUCUAGUAAGUUUACAGACAAGAGCAAUGUCUAUAGCUUUGGAGUGACCCUAUCUGAGCUCUUGACCGGAGAAAAACCAGUUUCUUUGACGAGUUCACAAGAAUGGAGAAGCCUAGCAGCUUAUUUCCUUCUUUCCAUGGAGGAGAAUCGUCUGUUUGAUAUUCUCGAUGCUCAAGUUAUGAAGGAUGGUGGAAAGGACGAGAUUGUGGCAGUUGCUAACCUUGCAAAAAGAUGCUUAAAUUUAAAGGGGAAGAAACGACCUACUAUGAAACAAGUAGCGGUCGAGUUGGAGGGAAUUCAACAGUCAGUUAAAGCUUCUGAAAUGCAACAAACUUUUGCAAAUGUUGAAUAUGUUCGAUGUGAAAUAACCGAGCAUGGAGACAUUGUUUCUGCAUCAAAAGGGUCAUCUUGUAUCAAUGGUGAUGUAGGUUCUUCAUUGGAUGACGAACCACUACUGUCUUCCAAAUAUUUCUUGUAA